AUGUUUCAGAUAGAAUAGAAUAAAUGUCAUUUAUGUUUGAAAUUCCCUAACUACCCAGAAAACUCAUAUAAUUCGUAUUUUGGUAAAAAUGUUUAUAUUGCACUAACACACUUACACUCACACGGGCACACAAUUCUACAGCUUUCCCUUUACACUGCAAAGCGUUUAAAGGAAAGGUCUAGUUCCAGCUGUAUCGGCAGGGUCAGCCGAACAGAUGGGUCUGCUUUACCCCAGCUAUACACUAGUACACAGUAAUCAUCAUGUCUUAUAUAAAACAUGUGGAAUAGUUCAGACAUCAAUAUCAAAUGUGAGUGAGAAUAAAAACUUAAACCUCAAGAUCAAAGCACACCUGAACCCGAAAGAAAGUUUAAAUUUGGAGUGAAAAUACUUAAAACAGUGUGUGAAAAAAUAGUUUUAUAAAAUGAAAACCUGAAACUUAAACUGAAACUUAAAGGAGGAAGAGAAACAGGAGAGAUCCGUGAUCCCUACACCGGGAUUUUAUAACAUGGAUCUUGGAUUCCUAAUUCUGGAUUGAGUGUAUUCUAGAAUCCUGGAUUGAGUGUGCAAGAAUCCUGGAUUGUGUGUUCAAAUAAUAGGAUCCUGGAAGUGUGUAUAUUAGAAUCCUGGAUCCCUAAACCUGGAUUGAGAGUAUUCUAGGAUCCUGGAUUGAGUGUAUACUAGAAUCCUGGAUCCCUAAACCUGGAUUGAGAGUAUUCUAGGAUCCUGGAUUGAGUGUAUACUAGGAUCCUGGACUGUGUGUGUAAGGAUCCUGGAUUUAAUGUAUACUAGAAUCCUGGAUUGAAUGCUGGGAUCCCAAUGGUUGAAUCCCAGUCUCCGGUAUGCAGGUUCACCAGUCUCACCAGUUUCAGGAUCAGGACAGGACGGAUCUCCUCUCUAUUAGAUCAGCUCAACGUAGGAUUGAUUUACUCCAUGAGGUUGGAUCAAUACACUCAGGGUCCCACAGAACCCGGAGUGUUUAUACCCAACCUCCUCCCAUCCAUAAACCAUUCAUUCAGACAGUUAAAAAUGGCCUUAGAAUUAUUAUAGCCUGGAUAUUUAGUAAUGUCGGAAUCUGUGUUCUUGUUGUUGGAUAUUUGGUUCUUGGAGCUCUCAUGUUCAAGGAAUUGGAGGAUUUCGAGACCAGUUCACCGCACAGGAUCGUUAAGGUUCGUGAGCUGACGGUCGAGCUGCUCUGGAACAUCACUGAGAAGUAUAACCUCCUUCAUCCUGGCAACUGGAGCCUCGAGGUCGAAACUAUAGUUAAACAAUACCAGAGAGAGGUUGUUGCUGCUGAGGCCCAGGGGUUCGACGGGAAUGAUAUUCCUCAAUCUCCCUGGGAUUUCUCAGGGGCUCUACUCUUCUCUAUAACUGUGAUAACUACCAUAGGAUAUGGGCAUAUUGUUCCUUUAACUCCUGUUGGUAAAAUAGUAACAAUAUUCUACGCUGUACUCGGAGUACCUCUCUUCCUUCUCUACCUCUCAAAUAUAGGAAAUAUUUUAGCCUCCAGCUUUAAAUGGACGUAUUCAAGAAUAUGUAAAUGUGAACUGGCAAAGAGAAGGAGAAAUGAUAAGUAUAGAGUACAAGCGCUCACACAACAAAUUCAUCCAGGGAUGAUAAGACUGACGGAGGAGGGGAAACCACAGGAUUCAGUGUCUGCAGCUGAAAGUUAUUCUGAAAGUUCUAGAAUAGAAGAACCUCAAUAUAUUCAGAACUUUGAGGAAACUAGUCAGGUUGCUGUCCCAAUAACGUUAAGUUUGACUGUAAUGAUAAGUUAUAUAUGUGGUGGAGCAAUACUAUUCGGAGAAUGGGAAGGAUGGAAUUUUCUAGACGGAUUCUACUUCUGUUUCAUUUCACUCAGUACGAUUGGGUUUGGAGAUAUACUACCUGGAGAUGCAAUGGACCAGGAUGAGAGUGAGGCCAAGCUGGCUGGUGUCGUCAACAUCCAGUUUAUCUUCUGCAGCCUCUACAUCCUCCUCGGUAUGGCCGUCAUAGCUAUGUGCUUCAACCUGAUGCAGGAGAAGGUCGUCUGGGGGGUCAUUGCCCUCGGAAGAAAACUUGGGAUCGUCAAAUAUGAUUAGACCUCUCUACUCUUAAAAUACUUUUAGCACAUCUUUUUGGUGAUUUUUUCUACCCUGUGAAGUGACAUUCCUUAAAGAAUACAGAAACCAGUGACAUUCAAUAAACAUGAACUCCCUAGGCUCUAACAUAAAAUCAAUAACCUUUGUAUAGACAGAGAAAUGUGAUAAUUUCAUUUAACUGGUUUAAAGGGCGAGACGGGCAAAAACAAGAGAUUUUGCGAAUUUUACAUCAAGAAGGAAACAGAAAAAUCAGCUUUUGUUUGACAGUUGACAUCACAAACAUUGUUGCUAAAAUUGUGAAAACUUUUACCCAUCUCUCUCUUUAAACUCCC